AUCCCUUAAAUUAUGACCUAAAUGAAAUAUAAAAGGUUUCUGGAUAUUGGCCAAUGUGUUAGGGAUUGAAUACUGCCGUCUGCAGGUUAUAGGAAAAUCUUUAGUUAUUAUAGUUAAAGAAAGAAAGUGCAAUGACCACAUGUAUCCAGCAGAGGACCAUAGAGACUCAUUCAUUUUCAGUUCAGUUUCAAGUCCAUUUUGCUUCGUGUUUCAACUUCUCCUUACAACUUUAUGAUAUAUAAGUUUUUUUUUUUUUUUUUUUUUUUUUUUUUUUUUUUUUUUCCACCUUUAGAACAACCAAAUCAAGUCCAGAUUUUUGUGUGUGCUUAGAUAGAUUAUUUAGGAAAAGUCACAGAAUUUCAUGCCCCUGAGAUAAAGGGAACACCUUUAAAAAAUAAAGGAAAAUUCAAAUGGGUUCAGCUGGACCCCAAGGACUGAUUAAAGGUUAACAAAUGUGAACCUUUUUGUGGACUGUCUUUACAUCUAAUUUAUUCUAAGAUUCUGAGAGCAGGAAGUGAAAUGAGUGAAUGAAGGAUAAACAAAUAUAUAACAUUGGAGAAAACCCCACUGCAUGCAUGUCUUCUUUACGCAUUCCUGUAUUUUAACCAUGAAAGGCAAAGCAAAGCCUGUAACAUGUGAUGUAAGUCAGUCAGUUGCUCAUUCAGCUGAUGGUCAGUAAACCAGGAGCAUCUCCAGUAACAGAGCACUGCGAUACUUCUCAACUCAUCAUGUCAUCUGUAUCUGUGAACAGUGAGCUUGUCUUCUACAUUAAUGGCAAGAAGAUAGUGGAGAAGAAUGCUGAUCCAGAAGAGAUGUUACUGGCUUACCUGCGAAGGAAAGUGGGUCUGACAGGCACAAAGUAUGGCUGUGGUGGAGGGGGAUGCGGGGCCUGUACUGUUAUGGUGUCCAGAUAUGACCCUAUCCAGGAGACUGUGCUUCACUGGUCGGUAACUGCAUGUCUACAGCCGAUUUGUUCUCUGCAUGGUGCGGCGGUGGUGACUGUCGAAGGCAUUGGAAGCACCAAGACUAAACUACAUCCUGUUCAGGAGCGUAUAGCAAAGGCUCAUGGGUCUCAGUGUGGGUUUUGUACUCCUGGGAUGGUGAUGUCCAUGUACACAUUACUUAGAAAUAACCCACAGCCCACCAUGGAGGACAUUCGAGAGACACUAGGAGGGAACCUGUGUCGUUGUACUGGAUAUCGACCGAUAAUUGAUGGAUUUAAAACAUUCUGCAAUACUCUGAUAUCUUGCCAAAAUGGUGACAGAAAUGGAAAAUGUUGCAUGGAAAACAGCAAUUCUCACAACAAUGAAUCUGAUAUAUCUGGAGAACUUUUCAGCAUGGAUAAUGUCUUACCCCUUGACCCAACUCAGGAUUUGAUCUUUCCCCCAGAGUUACUGAUUAUGGGAAAGAAAAAAGCCGAACGACUUUGUUUCCAGGGCGAAAAGGUCAGGUGGAUUUCCCCUGCAGAUCUGAAAGAUUUAAUCAAGCUGAAAGCUGAAUAUUCCAAUGCACCUCUGUUGGUUGGGAACACAACCAUAGGGCCAAAGAUGAAUCUGAAGGGAACUGUCCAUCCUUUGGUGCUCUAUGGUGGAAGUAUUCCAGAACUUCGAACUAUCAAAUGGAGAAACAAUGGUGUAACUGUAGGGGCGGGAUGCAGUUUGUCUGUUUUGAAGGAUGUCCUUCUGCAAGGAAUCGAGGAACUCGGGCCAGAGAAAAGCAGGGUUUACCAGGCCCUCGUUCAAACAUUACAGUGUUUGGCCAGCAAACAAAUACGCAACAUGGCUACCAUUGGUGGAAAUAUCCUGAGUGCCAACCCCAAAUAUGACUUGAGCAGCAUUCUAGCAGCGGCGGAAUGCACGCUACACAUUGUUUCUAAUGAUGGUGCUCGAGAGAUUUGUCUAAGUGAAGAGUUUUUCACAGACUUUGGUAAAACAGCUCUACGACCAGAUGAGAUUCUGCUGGCUAUUGACAUUCCUCACUCAAGACCGUGGGAGUUUGUGUCAGCAUUUCGCCAGGCACAGCGCAGAGAGUUCUCCUUCUCCAUAGUGAAUUCUGGCAUGAGGGUGACGUUCAGACAUGACUCAAAUGUGGUGGAAAAUCUGGAUAUUUUUUAUGGAGGUGUGGGGCCAACUCUGGUAAAAGCCAGACACACCUGUAAAGAGCUGAUGGGAAGAAAAUGGGAUGAGAAACUUCUGGUAGUGGGAACACAACUCUUAGAAGAAGAAAUAUAUGUGCCCCCUACUGCCCCUGGUGGACAGGAAGAGUAUCGCAAGGCUCUAGUACUCAGCUUCUUUUUCAAGUUUUACAUGCAAGUGACGCUGGAGCUCCAACAAAAGGAGGUUGGCAUGAAUGAUUUGCCAUUAGAGUAUCUCAGCGCAUUAAAACCCUUCAAAAACGAGGUGCCACAAGCAAACCAUUCUUUCCAGCUUGUACCAGAGACUCAGUCUUCUAAUGACCCAGUGGGACGUCCCAACGUACACCAGGCUGCCCUUCAGCAGGCUACAGGAGAAGCUGUGUAUUACGAUGACAUCCCAUCUGUUAAAGGAGAACUUUUUGUUUCCAUGGUAACCAGCACCAGGGCUCAUGCAAAGAUCAUCUCUAUAGAUGCAUCGAUGGCUCUAGCCAUGUCCGGAGUGGUGACCUUUAUCUCUGCCAAGGAUGUUCCUGGUCAGAAUCGAAGACUCUGGUUCAACAACCCAGAGGAGCUUUUUGCUGAAGAGGAGGUCAUUUGUGUAGGGCAGAUUAUCGGUGCCAUCGUGGCUGAAACCAGAGAACAAGCCAAACGAGCAUCCGAGCAGGUGGACAUAACUUACGAGGACAUCCAACCUGUCUUUUUCACUAUAGAGGAGGCCAUAGAACACCAGUCAUUUUUUGAUCCCAAGAGAAAACUGGAAAGAGGAAAUUUGGAAGAAGGGUUUGAGAAAGCAGACCACAUACUAGAGGGUGAGCUGUAUAUGGGUGGUCAGGAACAUUUCUACAUGGAAACUCAAGGAUUGAUUGCGAUUCCUAAGGGAGAGGCAGGUGAACUGGAGCUUUAUGUUGCCAGUCAGCAUGCAGCUUAUACUCAGGAAGUGGUGGGCAUCACUCUCGGCAUUGACUCCAAUAAGAUCACGUGUCAUGUGAAGAGGCUAGGAGGUGGAUUUGGUGGUAAAGUCAUGAAGAUUGCAUCAUUAUCCGCCAUCGCUGCUACGGCUGCAUACAAGACUGGCCGUGCUGUGCGAUGUGUACUAGAACGUGAAGAUGACAUGCUAAUCACCAGUGGCAGGUCCCCUUUCUUGGGAAAGUACAAGGUUGGAUACUUGAACGAUGGAACAAUCCUGGCUGCUGAUAUCACAUACUACAGUAAUGGAGGAUGCACUCUAGAUGAAUCCUCUUUUAUUAUGGAGAAAGCUCUCCUUCACAUGGAUAAUGGGUACAAGAUUCCAAAUCUACGGGACAUGGACUUGUGCAAGACUUACUUACCAUCAUAUACAGCCUUCCGUGGCUUUGGUGGACCUCAAGGGUUGACCAUCAUUGAGAGCGUGCUACAUGAGGUGGCUGCCAGGUGUGGCUUACCUGCGCAUCAGGUGAGAGACAUCAACAUGUACAAGGACGAGAAAUGCUACACCCACCACAAGCAGCUCUUUUCUCCUCAUGACAUGGUACGGUGCUGGAACGAGUGUCUCGAGAAAUCUGACUACACCCAUCGAUGCCUGUCCAUCAAGCAGUUUAAUGCCCACAACCACUGGAAGAAAAGAGGGAUCUCCAUUGUCCCACUGAAGUUUGGAAUUGGAUUCUCCAAAGGUUUUUACAACCAGGGAGCAGCAUUGGUAAACAUCUACAAAGAUGGAUCGGUUCUGAUCUCACAUGGAGGAACCGAGAUGGGUCAAGGUAUCAACACCAAAGCCAUACAGAUUGCAAGUCGCAUUCUGAAGGUUCCAAUGUCUUCGAUCCACAUCAAGGAGACCUGCACAGGAAACGUGCCCAAUGCUGCGCCAUCUGCUGCAUCCUUUGGCACGGAUGCUGUCGGGAUGGCAGUCAAGGAUGGUUGUGAGAAACUGAUGAGACGUCUGGAGCCACUUAUUAAGAAACAUCAAUUCACCUGGCAACAACUGGUUGUGGAAGCAUAUUGCCAGAAGAUCAGUUUGUCAGCAACAGGUUUCUUUAUGGGCCCCCAUACAAGUGUUGACUGGGAAAAGAGUGACGGCAAUGCGUACUACUACUUUACUUUCGGGGCCUGUUGCUCAGAGGUGGAAAUUGACUGCUUGACAGGAGAUCACAAGAACAUACGAACUGACAUCGUGAUGGAUGUUGGUCGGAGCAUAAACCCUGCUUUGGAUGUUGGACAGGUGGAGGGAGGUUUUGUCCAGGGAAUUGGGCUCUAUACUAUAGAGGAGUUGCAGUUUUCUCCUGAGGGUGUGUUGUUGACCAGGGGACCCUCUCGGUAUAAAAUCCCAGCUCUGUGUGACAUCCCUCCUCAGCUUAACGUCCACCUGCUGAGGAACGCAGACAAUCCUCAUGCCAUCUACUCCUCAAAGGGGAUCGGGGAGCCUCCUGUGUUUUUCGGCUGUACUUUGUUCUUCGCCAUUAAAGAAGCGAUUGCAGCCGCACGGAGAGAGAGAGGCCUAAGCGAGAGUUUUCCUUUCUCUUCUCCUGCUACUGCAGAAAAGAUACGUAUGGCCUGUGAAGACUGCUUUACCAGGAUGAAUCCACCAGACAGGAAAGUAAAAACCAAACCCUGGGCCAUCAACGUGUGAAGAAAUACAACAGAUUAUUCAAAUUUUGUAAUGCCUCACUUAAACAAGCUGUCACUUCCUUUUCAUUGAUACUUUGAGCUCAUAAACUGGCUAUCAGGUCAAAUUCUUAACCUCAGUUUACAUGUGUGGGGACUGCUAGCUUCCUUAAUAUUUUUAUUAUGCAGUUAAUGUUUCAUAAAAGCAUUAAGGAACUUUCUUAGUCAAUAGUAGGAUGUAGAUUUAUUUAAUUCACAUUUAUUAUAAUAACUGUUGAAGCAAAUCCUAAGUGUCAAGUGAACUGAUUUAUGUGAGAUGAAAUUAAAAUGUUAAUAAUAAGCUUGAACAACUAUCAAUUGUUCUUGAGAUAUGAUUGCAUGCAGAGCUUCAUUUGUUUGUUUGUUUUUUUGUUUUAGUAGAUCAUCGUUUGGCAAACAGCUGAUAAUAGUUGGAUGUUAAAUCAGGUGACUGUUGUGUCUAAAUAUAAUAAAUGUCUUGUGAUUUGAUAAGAGCAACACAACAGCUUUAAAUCAGAACAAAACAUAACAGGAUUAUGAUGAUGUUUUCAUAUGUUCGGAGCCCAUGGCUGAGCUGGUCCAGAAGUCGAUCCACUAUGUGCAACCUACCAAAAACAAAACUAUAGUAGUAUAUUUUAAUAUCACA